GGGAGCCCCAUUACUCUGAAUCCAACAAUAGCCAUGAUCCCUAAUCCAGCGCAUCCAGCAAAGAAUCGCUCGCCAUUUCACUUGUUUCUAGAAAAGACAUCGGCAUCUCACCUGUCACAAUACAGAAGCAAAGCCCGUCGAGGUUGAGGAGGGACACGUUCAGAAGUACGCGCAAUGGAGCCAUCCAGUCCCCAGCAGGCCAACAAGCUGCCCGAUGACGACGACGGUUGGGAAUACGAAUAUUCGACGACGGAGACAGAGACAUAUUACCUCACCCUCGACCUGUCCAUCCGCGACUUCCUCGAGCGCCGAACCGACAUCGUCCACAACACUAGAAGCGGCUACCGAGUAUGGUACAAUCCCCUCUUCAAUGCGCCCGACCCACAAAUCUCGAACCCGGAUCUUCUCGACGACAAAGAUGCCGAUGAUGGAGAGCCGCCCGAGCGCGAAGAGCUGGACCUCGAUACGAUCGGCAUGCCGCAGCCUCAAGACCAGCCCGAACCUCCAAUAGACCCUAUGCUCCAAAAUACUGCCGAGAAGGAUGGGCAAUUCGACGCCCAUGCAGUCGAGAAACCGGCAGAGGAGAUCCAAAUUCUGGAACUCCACUCAAAGGAGCCCGUUGUGUCUUACCGUAACCAUGUCUUCCGCGGUUCGUGGUGUGAAAACAUUGGCACAGAAAUGAUCUUCACUCCGCACGACGACAGCGCGCCUCUGCCGGCACUGCGCCACCUCCCGCAGAACAUGGACCUGCUCGCGGCAAGCGCGACGCGUAUCAACUUCCGCGAGGCGAUAUUUGUGUCCAAGGAGCGAGAUUCGAUAGCCAACCGGAUAUUUUUGGGUUUUGGAUGGACCGAGGAGGACAUUCCCCACCGAUACAAGAGAAACGGAGGAAUCUACGUCCACGUAGGCGGCGACAAGAGCGGCCAGCGACAGCCGCAAGCGCAUUUUCUCGAGGAUCUGAUCGCGCUGAAACGCAAGCGCGGCGAAACAGACGAGGUCACGAUACAACCGUUGGAGACCAGACAGAACAAGCUCAUGAUUGAAGACGAAGAGGAAGAGCGCCGGCGCAGAAAGCUGCAAGUCGAUAAUGCAAGGAGUAUUAGGUGGCGCGACAAGAGGCGGGUAGAGAGAGAACUCGGCUUGAGAUCGCCGGAGAGGACCUACAUCCCAAAGGUUGGGGGAAGGGGGAGAUGGCCAAAGAGGGCCAGACGGGCAGCGCUGAUACGUCGCGACAGCGGUGCUAUAUCGCGGUAUGGUCCCAGGACGACCGAGAGGCUACCAAGCACCUCGACUCCGACGCCUGCACAUUGGGACGACAUUUCGGGUGCCCAUAAUCGCUGA